GGUUGAGUGAAGGGACGGUACAAGCUUGAGGGGACUGAGAAAUUGCUCCCAGAGAAGGCUGAGUGGUGGGGGCACACUGUGGUGACAACCUGCACCACUUCCUUCCCAUUUCACAGCAGCCUUUGGUUGGCCACAGCCGUACCUGCUCCUGUGCAGCCUGUUUGCAGCCCUGCUGCAGCUGCAGGCUUGCCAGGCCACCCUACCCGCCUGUGUUGCCCAGGCGCUGAGGGAAGCGCGGCAUUAGCUCCCUGCAGCAUUUCCGUCUGUGGUGGGCUUUAAGUAAUGGUCAUUUUUUAAAAAUGUGAAGGUUAACACCCAACUUGAAGCAAACGUUCCAUCUCACGAGCCUCUGCCACUGGUGUUGUGCCUGUGCCAGCCUCCCCUUGGCUCUCCCUACACCAAGUCAGGGAGGGAUGGUUGCCAGAGGCUGGUGCUGGAGAGAUCUGGCAGGGAGCUGCACUGCUUCAGUGGGAAUCUUUAUCAGGUCUGGUUUUAUGUUGGCAAGACUCAGCUUGUGGAUGCUGGGUGUUGUGUGCAAUGGCCUGGGAAAAGCUGAGCCUCUGUGCCCCAUCCCAUGGGGCAGGCUUGGCAUAGCUGGGCUGUGGGGCAGCUGCAGCUCAGCUCCUUGGGCACUGCCAGACGCACAGGGUCAGACCUUGCUGCCCGCUGCUGCUGGGAAGGGCUCACGUGCUGAUGCUGUGACUAACUAUGGGCUGCUGGCCAAGGAGUAGGGCACUUUGUGAAGCACCCGAGUGGCCAAUGUGGGGGCAUCUCCUUUGUGGAGGGUCCCCGCUGGGGUACCCACCUCCUUGGCAGCCUCAGAGCACAUUGGUGGCUGCUCAUGCAAAGCUGCUCUACAUCUCGGGGAGCCCGUUCUGGCCUGCGUCUCUCUGCCUCCGUUUCCCUCCCUGCUUCCCAGGCCCUCCCUUGGAUAACAGGCUGUGGGUGAUAAGCUGCAGGCUCGUUAGCAUCUUGAGGAACAGUGUGUUGGUGUAUUUUCCUAACGGACCUGGAAGGAAAAUACAGAUAAAAGCCCCUGGAUCUCCCUGUUUCCGGUGUUUGUUUGAGGCAUCAGAGCAUCUUCCCUUCUCCUAGGGAAAAACGUCAUGUCCAAGAGCCGUGUGUCACCCCCAGAAGCUGAAAUACCUGUUGCCAAGUCAGCCAAAGAGCAGUAAACACUUGGCUUUUAUUUCUGGGGGGGGGGUUAUGUUUGAUUUGUGUUUUUUGUGUUGUUUUUUUUUUUCCCCAUCUGUCUCCAGGGUUAGAAGGUGCAAUAUUAUUCCUUGCCUUUUCUUCCCAAGACCAAUGUGUUCUUUUAAUGGCAAUGGCAGGAUACGAUGUGAUGCCUGGGGCUGGAGAUCUGGCCAUGUGCCUGCUGCCUCUUUUUACAUGAUCUGGCAGAUUUUGGGACCAAACCAGGAGGCUUUUGAAGAGGGGUGACACUGGGGAGAUGUCCUGGUGGCAGCGGGGACAUGUGGCAUCACUGCCCCUGGUUACCGGGGGGCAGCAAUGCUGCGUGUCCCCACUGCCACCCAGGAAUGGGAAGAUGAUGGGGCAGGAUCCCGCUCCCUCCAGAGCUGCUUAUCACCAGCACGGAUGGGAAUCGCUGCAAAACCAUUUUGGGGGGAUUUUCUCUUGCUAUUGUUCAGCUCAGGAAACAGCAAAUGGCGUCGGGGCGAGCAGGACCAUAUAGGGCUCGGAGGGGAAAUACCAGCUACCCCACCCACAUCACAGGGAUUUCCCAGUUGAGUAAAGGCUGAACGGGCCUGAUCCUGUCCUCUGACCACCCUGGUGAAAUCCCAGUGGAGCCAGCACUGUGGUUUGGGCUGAAGCCUCAUUGGGAUUCGGCAUUCCUCAUCCGGAGGGAACGCUUUCCAGGCACAUGGGCUCUGUUGCUUCUGAGCCAUCCAGGUGUUUCCCAUCACCACUGGAAUUUUGCUCCCCCAGAUCUGUGCUUUUCAGAUACACGUGGGAUUCCCAAGUUUCACUGGAAGCUCCGAGCUCAUCCACAUCCAGCUGCUCUUGGCAAAUCAUACCUGUGCUGCGCCCUCCCAGCCUGCCCUGGGAAACCUCAUUAGUGCCACACUCAGUUAGACCCACAGCAGCAGGUUAACUAACAACCUGAAGCCUCCGUCUUCUGGUGAUAAACUACUGGAAGAAGCAAACAGGGAGGGACGCUGAGCGAGCCAUGUGCUGGCUCAGGAUGGGCCCUGGAUCUGUGCCUGCCACAGGAACCUUUGGGAGAAAUCCCUGCUGGUGGGAGAAGCAAGGACACUGAGUUUUCCAGGAAGCAGUUUUCCCCCAGUGUUCCUAUCUAGGAAGAUGGAAGGGCUGGGAAAGCCUGUGGGCCUUUGUGGGUGAUGCUGGUGGGUGCCCUGGUGCCCACUGGCAGCACAUGAAGCAGGAUAUGGCCCUGCCGUGGCUUUCAGGAAGGGCAGCUUGGGAGCGGUGCCAGAGCGGGAUGUGGAGUGGCAGACUGGGUGCCAGCUUGGCUUUGGGUGUCGGCAAAUGUUCGGCUCUGCCACCUGGUCUAACAGCCCCCACCAAUGCUGCCCCACCUUGGGGGGGUGCCAGAUCCUAGAAGAAUGGGUCCCACCAGCCUUGACCCACGGCUGGGGCAUCAGCAGGGUGAGGAGGAGGUGAAGCUCUGUACAUCCUGGAGAUGCACGUUGUGGUGGUGGGAAGGUGGAGGCAGGAUGGGAAGGUCUGCAGGUGUGAGGUCUGUGGUGGGUGAGGCAGCACCCUGGGGCACUGGCCUGGGGCAGGUCACAGGACAUGUGUAAAGACAGAGAAGAGGGUGGUGGAGCAGAGUGUGGGAUGAAGGGAUGGGAAAGGUGACCUGGAGGACACUGCUGGGCUGGUUGCAAGGGGCAGUAGGGGCUUUGGCAACCACCAGUGUCAGUGUCACCAGGGUGAGCCUGGCAGAGCACAUUUCUGAGUGGCCAGAGCAGCCUGCAACGUGCCUGAUCCUUCAGCUGAUCUGCAGGAGCUGAAAGCACCUGAUAAAAUAAUUUUAGGGCUGGUGAGUUGGGAAACCACCAUUUCCUUCUGUUCCUGUCACGAUAAGCAGCCAAGGCCUGUGGGACCAUGUGGAGUGGGGAGCUGAAGAGGGGACCCCCCAGUGUGGGAUCGCUGGUGGUUGGAGGCUGUGCAGGGCUGUGGGGCUUCCUCUCAGUGCCAGGAGCCGGGGACCAGCCACCAGCCUCCCCAUCCCUCCCAGCCUUGCAGCCGCUUGUGGCUUCUCCUGUUGGUAGAGACACUCAGGAGCUGGUGGUGACACCACCAGUGUCCCACCAGCACAGCCUUUGCUCGCCAUCCCCAUUGGAUGGGUGAGAUUCAAACACUCCUGUGGCCCCUUUUCUUUGUGCCCUUCCAGGCCUGCCAUCUCCUUGGAGGCCAAGCCAAAGGCGAGCUGCCCAGGAUGAAGGUCUUCCUUCUGUUCCUUCUCUCCCCCCUCCAAGGGGUGGGAUCCAUCAGCCGCUGGGACCACGACUUCAGCUUCUGCGGGGACCGAAACCAGACUGAGGACAGCUCUGUCAUCUAUGAGCAUGGCCCGGCCACCAUCUCCAUCGAGAACACAGCCCAGGCGCUGAUAAUCAAAAGGCCCUUUUCGCCGAGCAGGAGGAACUCUUACUACAAGUACAUCUUGCCCUCGGCCUUGGGCAGGUACCGCUUCUGCAUCUACUGGUUCCAGGCCAACAGGACCCUGCAACUGGCCUAUGGGAAGCAGAGCUUCCUCCUGGGUGGAGACCCUGCCAGCAGCAUCCCCCGAGGCAGGGAGAGCCAGGAGACCAAAAGAACCAGCACCCCGAUCUUCAAUGUCUCCUACAUCUCAAAGGGCGGGAAGAACAUCUCCCAUUACAGCAGAUCUCAGUACUUCUUCCCUGCCUCUCCUGAGAACCUGCCUGUCUGGGAUCAGGAUGUGGAGGAGCAGCUCACCACCUUGGACAGCCUUAUUGCCCACCCCUCGGAGCCAGAAGACAGGGACCAGUGGGUGUUUCGGUGCAAACUCGGGGAGCUGGAGAAGACACUGGCCAAGGUGGAGCUUGAAGGGCAGAACCAGACCUUUGGGAAGGGCACUGUGCAGGCCACCGUCCUGAGGGUCCAGCCCACUCCAGCUCCCCAGCACCUGGCCUUUUCUUCCCAAAGAGAGAAAGGUGGAGAGGUCCAUGGUUUCGCUGUGGACCUGCCUAGCAGCCUGUUCAUGAUGGCAAAGGAGAGGGAGGACGUGGUGGAGCACAGGGUGCUCCUUAUGGACAUCAACAGCCAGACCAUGUUCCAGGAUGAAAACAGCAGCCACAUCCUGGGUGACAAGGUGGUUGGCAUCUCCCUGGUGGACACAGUGGUGGCCAACCUCUCUGAUCCAGUGGUCCUCACUUUCUUCCAUCACCAGCUGUCGAGGAAUGUGACCCCACUGUGUGUCUUCUGGCAGGAAGACACCACCGGCAGACUGGGGAGCUGGGACACCUAUGGUUGUGUGACAGCACCAGGGAGCAGUUGGACAGACUGCAGGUGCAACCACCUCACCUACUUUGCUGUGCUGAUGGUGUCCUCCCCGGAGAUCACUUACGUACACAGGGACUACCUGAGCAUUAUAACCUACAUUGGCUGCCUGAUCUCAGCUUUGGCAUCCAUUUGCACCAUCCUCUUCCUCUACUUCAGAAGCAAGCAGCGAGACCAGGUCACGAGCAUGCACAUCCACAUGAACCUGCUGGGCGCCAUCUUCCUCCUGGAUGUCACUUUCCUCAUCUCCGAGCACUUGGCUUCCAGCAGCAGCGAGGCAAUCUGCAGAGCUGGGGGGCUGUUCCUGCACUUCUCCCUCCUCAGCUGCCUCACCUGGAUGGGCAUCGAGGGCUACAAUCUCUACCGGCUUGUGGUCGAAGUCUUCAAUGCCUACCAUGACCACUUCCUCCUCAAGCUCUGCCUGGUGGGCUGGGGACUUCCCUUCUUCUGUGUGUCACUGAUCUUCCUGGUGAGCUGGACAAACUAUGGCCCCUUCUCCAUUCCUGUCUAUGAAUCCAUUGGUGGCAAAUUCACCAACGCAACCAUAUGCUGGAUCACAAGCCCCCUGAUCCAUAACAUUGUGAACCUGGGAUUCUUCAGCCUGGUGUUCCUCUUUAACUCGGUCAUGCUGGGAGCCAUGGUCCGGGAGAUCCUCCGGCAGAACAAGAAAGGCCACAAGCUCAAGCACGUCCUAGCUCUCUUUGGGCUGAGCAUCCUACUGGGCAUUCCCUGGGCAUUGGUCUUCUUCUCCUUCACCUCCGGAGUCUUCCGCCUUGUUUCUCUCUAUAUCUUUACCAUUGUCAACUCCCUGCAAGGUUUCCUCAUCUUCCUCUGGUACUGGACCAUGGUGCUGCAGGCCAGAAAGCCCUCUGACUCACAGAGCAGCUCCGACAGUGUCAAACUGCAGCCCAACAGCAGCCAGGGCUGAGCCCUGGGGUGGCUGUGGGAGGGUCUGAUGAUGUCUCUUUGCUCCCACACGUCUUGUGCUGCUGGAAGCCCAGGGAACCACAGCAGACCUGGCCACCCCAGGCCACCCUAGCCUCUCACCUCUGCUGGACUGCUCCCCAGUUUCCCCCCCUCCAGUGCCCCACUGGGCAGCAGCAUCCCUCACCUUGGUACCCUUGGGGCAGGAGGGUGGGAAGCUCAUCUGGGCAGCAAGGGCUGCGGAGAGUGGGAUGGGCAGGGAUAGGGUCCCUGGAGCCUCUGGAUGUCCCCUCUGAUGCUCCGAGACUGGGGAUGGUGGGUGGGAAAGGCCUCGUCUUCAGCUGUGGUGAGUGGUCACCGAGAGGGUCCUUCCCCAGUGCAGACAGGAUCACUCUGCCCCAGCAACCCCUCCAGCUGCUGAAAUAAUCUAUUUUUGUUAUUUUGUUGGAUGUAUAUUUUUGGUUGGUGUAGAAGCGGGAUGAGCACCCACACACCAGCCUAUGCCCAUUAAAAGCUGAUCCUGCUCAGAGUGCA